CGACACGGAUGAGGAAGUGCCAGCGCUAUAUAACGCGCUGCGGUUCCACAGAACUCCGUCGUCUCGAGGCUGAUUCGGUGGCAGCAAGAUACCACAGCAAAACCUUCAAGAUGAGCGCGCUGACGUUUUUGCUAUUAAUGCUGGGUGUCGCCGCCUUGAGCGAAGGAAGAAGAUUUGUGUUCGAGAACAGACGCGGAGAGACUGUGUGGGUGGGCGCCCUUGGGAACGCAGGAAAGGGAACUCCCGAAAGAGGCGGUUGGGAGAUGCGCCCUGGUUCUUCGGUCACCAUCAACGUGGACGAUUCAUGGGCAGGCCGUUUCUGGGGUCGCACUGGCUGCUCAUUCGACGGCUCCGGACGUGGCAGAUGCCGGACUGGAGACUGCGGCAACAGGCUGCACUGCAACGGCGCCGGCGGCCAGCCUCCUGCGACGCUCGCAGAAGUCACCCUGGGCGGGUGGGGCGGUCAGGACUACUACGACAUCAGUCUCGUUGAUGGCUUCAAUAUCCCCGUCACGAUGGAGCCCAUCGACAGGCGAGGCGGCGGCGACCACUACCGCUGCAACCCCGCAUCCUGCCGCGCCGACAUAAACGCGCAGUGCCCGCCUGAGCUCCGCUCCGACGGCGGCUGCAAGAGCGCAUGCCUCGCCUUCAACACGGACCAGUACUGCUGCCGCGGCAGCUUCGGCACGCCACAAACCUGCAGGGCCUCUUCGUGGCCGAGGAACUACCCCGCCUUCUUCAAGAACCUGUGUCCCGACGCCUACAGCUACGCCUACGACGACCGACGGAGCACCUUCACUUGCGAAAAAACAGCCUAUAGGAUCAUCUUUAGUUGAGCCACUGUUAGGAACACAUGAUUCACUUUCCUUCAACAACCCAGGCUUUUAACAAUCUGUUGCAAUACUUUUUUUAAUAAGUGAAUAAACAAAUAAAGUAACUUUUUACUGCUA